AUGGUGUCAACAAGAAGUUGCGAUGAGUUGGAAGUGUGGAGACAGUCGGUGUUGCGCGCCAAACAAACGCAUCCGGAAAAAGAGGCACCGCUGAGAGCGCUAUUGGAAGGAACAUCGGGAACACAUCAAUGGACGCAAACAAAUCAUCCGCGACCCACAUUUUGCAAUUAUUGUAGGGAAAAAUUAUCGGGAGUUCCGUGGCAUGGUUAUACGUGUGACAGUGAGUUUAUUUUGAAGUUAUUUGCAACCCUGGCAUACUUUUCCUUUUGUAAAAAGUGUGUGCCAGGGUUGCAAAACAAGCCACACCCACUUUUCAAACUGUUUAUUUUUGUAGUUUGUAAAGUGAAAGCGCAUCGAAAAUGUACGCAAAAAAUACUCGACAAAUGUAAAUGGACAAUCGAAGCCAGCAUUCCACAACAUCUUCAAUAUAUCAGUCCAGAGGUUGUUUUCAACCUUUCCUUUCCCUCCAAAUAGCUUUAUAUUUCUAGAAUGCAAUAGUUCCACAUCAAUGGGUUGAGGGAAAUCUUCCGAUGCCUGCAAAAUGUAUUGUUUGUGAUAAACCUUGUGGAUCAGUUCGAAAACUACAAGAUUGGCGAUGUAUUUGGUGCGCGUGUUGUGUUCAUUCAUCGUGUCUUUCACAAUUAGGUCGAGGUUGUUCUCUUGGAGCAGCAAGUCUGUCUGUCAUUCCACCGUUGGCGCUGAAAGAAGUGUCGGAAGAUGGAAUUGCUGUGUUGAGAGAAGAUGCGUAUGGUGGAGAAUGUGGUGGUGGAUCGCCGUUGAUUGUGUUGAUCAAUUCGAAAUCUGGUGAUAAUCAGGGACAGAGGAUUAUUAAAAAGUUUCGGAGAUUGUUGAAUCCUUGCCAGGUUUUUGAUAUUAUUGCGACUGGACCGGAAUUUGCGUGAGUUUUUUUUUGGAAUUCAAAUUAUUUUUUAUUUUUAUGAACAUUUUCAUUUUCGGUGAACAUUUUUACGAAAUUCCAACCAAAAAUUUGUUUUUCAUCAUUUUUUCACCUCAAAAACAACCUCUUUUUUUCAGUUUAACAUUCUACUCACAACUCGAAUCAUUUCGUGUUUUGGUUUGUGGCGGAGAUGGAACUGUUGGUUGGGUUUUGAGCGCAUUUGAUCGACUAAACCUUCAUUCAAAAUGUCAGCUUGCAAUUCUUCCACUUGGAACUGGAAAUGAUUUAGCGAGAGUUCUUGGAUGGGGACAUGCAUUCUAUGAUGAUACACAAUUACCACAACUCGUUCGAACACUUGAAAGAGCACAUACAAAAAUGUUGGAUCGAUGGAGUGUUUUAUCGAUUGAGGGACCACAAGCGGAUGCAGUUCGACGAUAUGAAGAAAUUGUUAUUGAAAAAGUUCGAGCUGUUCUUGAAGCUGAACAAGCGCACGAUAUAAUUGUUGCGGUGACGUCAUUGUGUGCGACAAUUCGAGAAUUGAUGAAUAAUGUGACUGAAACGUUUGCAAAAGUUGAAGAAUGGCAAAGACAAGAAGGACAACAUGUGCCGGAUCCGAUGACUGAACAAUGCUCAGCACUUUUGGGAAAACUCGAUCGACUUAUGAGAAAUUUGAAAGAUGAUGUGAAUCAGAUUGAAGAAAGUGGUUUUGAACCAGGAGAUGAGGAUGAAUUCUCAACGAGUGAUGAGUUAAAAAGAAGAGAUUCGUUGGUAAAUCGAGCGAAUAGUUUGAAAAAAGCACUACGAGAUGUGAUAUCAAUUGCGGAACGAGGCAUCGAUCAACAUUAUAAAGAUUUGAGUGUUGGAACAAGGAGAGAGAGAUUCAGGAAAAAGCGAAGUAAAACAACGCCAAGUGGAUUACGCGUUUCGCAUUCGAACCUGUCAUCAAGUUCUGCUUUCACACCACCCGGUUCACCAAGAUUACGAAGUGCUGCUGAUUCAAAUCUGUCACCAUCACCCAAUCCCAAUCCAAUUGUUCAGCCACCAACACCUGGUGGAACUCGAGAACCAUCAACUUUUGAAGAAGAAGAACUUGAAGAAGAUGAUGAUUCAGUUGGAGUGGAUGAUCUCUUACCGGAUCGACCGAGAAUAUAUUCGGAAUCGAAAUUCAGCGAUAUCGAACACGGUUGUCAUCUUCACCCUGGAAGAGGAACAACUGACAAGAAAAUUAAGACAAGUCAUUCAGACAGCAGUUUAUAUGGUUGGUAUUGAACAAAUCAGGAUUCAGUAAAAUUUGAAUUAUUUUCAGAUCAUCUUGAAGCUUCAUCAUCUGGAACAGGCGGUGCAACACUCUCACCAUCGCACGCUGGAAAUCGAAGAAAACGAACAACUGGCGAUUUGGCAACAUCUACAUCGUCACAAUUGAGAAGUUGUCGAAAUAUGUUGUCUGGAUUUGCGGGAGGAUCAUUGAUUGCUGAAGUUUUGCUGUUGAAUGCGAGAGUUUUGAGUAAAGGACUUGAGAAUGAAUGUCAUACACCUUUGUGAGUUUUUGUCAGAAAUUUUGUUGCAAGAAACUAAUAUGUUUAGAAUUUUGACGUCAGAAUUGUUUUUUUCCACGUGAAAUUUGAUGACGUGGCAAUUUAGAAAUUAAAUAAUUUCAUUUGAAUUUUUUUUUUGAAUUCAGAAAAUAAGGAAAAUGUUUACCCGAAAUUUCGGAUUCUAUUAAUAAAUAAUUUUUUCCAGUGAUCAAUACAAAGAAACAUGUGUAAUGAACAAUUAUUUCGGAAUCGGUCUCGACGCGAAAAUCGCCCUCGAAUUUCACAAUAAACGAGAAAUAUCCGAGAAAACUCGAAGUCGAUCGAAACUAUUCCUCUGGUAUGGAAUGCUUGGCGGAAAAGAACUUGUGCAUCGAACUUAUCGAAACUUGGAUCAGCGAAUAAAAUUGGAAUGCGACGGAGUUCCGAUUGAUCUACCGUCACUGCAAGGAAUUGUGAUUCUGAACAUUCCGAGUUAUUCAGGAGGAGCGAAUUUUUGGGGAAGAGGCGGAAAGGAUGAUUCAUUUACUGUGCAAAGUUUUGAUGAUCGAGUUCUUGAAGUUGUUGCAUUAUUUGGUGUUAUUCAUGUUGCAACAAGUCGUGUUCCAAAUGUUGUUAGAUUACAAAAUCAUCGAAUUGCUCAAUGUCGACAUGUUCGAAUUGUAAUCCUUGGCGAUGAGCCAAUUCCAGUUCAAGUUGAUGGAGAACCAUGGCUUCAACCACCAGGAAUCAUGCAAAUUGUGCAUAAAAACCGGGCACAAAUGCUUGUUCGAAAUCCCGUUUUCGAUGCGACACUCAAAAAAUGGGAAGAGCAAAAAGAGCGAAGUUCAACGGCGCCAUCAACUCCAACCGCUCUAUGCUGUUCGGCAUCGGAAAUUGUGCCGUUCUCAAGAAGAGCUGCCGAAUUUUUGCGACUCGUUGAAAGCGAAAUUGCACAAUUGGGUGUGAGCUCGGCGUUUUUGGAAGCAUUGGAUGAGGCGUCGAUUUUGUUGCGAAGUGGUGGAACUGGACCAUGUGAUGAAGAGGAUACGGAGGUGAGUAUAGGGUAGGGCACCCCGAAUUUUUCUCUCCAAAUUUGGGUACGGUAGUUUAUUGGGGUUUUCUUUUCACCUAAAAGCUUUUACCACAUCCCAUUACAAAAUUUUUUAUUAGUUAGGACAACUAGUACACGUAAUGUAUGUUUUUUUCACAAAAUAAAAAUCUUUUCCAAAAUAAAAUCACAUUAUGGCCUCAAACAUCGUAAUUCGAUUUCUGAUCUACUCGGAAGCAGCAACUCUUCUGUAUCGAUAAAUGAAAUUGUUGUUGGACAUUCUGAUUUUUGGAGUUGAUUAGGUCUUUGUGAUUUCCAUAAUGUUCGAGCUAGCCAAACUGAAAUUAGAGAUCUUGUAAAUUGAAUGAAAAAUGGGGACUUACUAAGGUAAAUCACAAGAACGAAUGAAUAUAAAGCAUAUGUCCAAAUGAUUACAAGAACAUGGACGGCGGUGUCCGAAGAAUCCCAGGAUUUGAGAUAUUUCUGAAAUUGGGUUUUGAGAUGAAUUUAUCACAUCGGCAAGGAAACUUACAUCAAUUAAAACAAAAGUGAAGAUGACGAGAACCGGAAUCAUAAUUAUUUCUUGAAUAAUUUUCCACACAACAUAUGCCAUAAUUGAGCUGGCACAUUUUACACUAUAUAAUUUGAUCAAUAACCUGCCAGCAGUUACUAGAUUCAAAGUGAUCACCACUGACAGCAAAACAUUCAUAAAAUGUCCAUUUUUAAUAGAUGUAAACAUUGUUACAUUAAAUAGAAUUGACAAUAAUAAUUCGACACAUAUCAGCCAACGAGCUCGAAUUAUUUGCUGCGAUUUCUCGCGCAUUUUUGGCAUUUUAUUCUGUCUGCAAGUAUGUAAAAUUGUUAUAGACGAGACUUUUUUUUAAUUAAUUUAUGCAAUUGAGAAGGAAAUAAUAACAAAAGUUCUCUCUAUUUUCUCGAAAACGAACAAGAAGAAAAACGAAAAAACGAAAAAAUGAAAAUGAAAUAUCAGAUUUCAGUGAUGAGAAAGUUUUUGAACCAAAAAACACGAACUCGGAUCAUUUUCGAAAUUUUGAAGAAAAAAAAAAGAAGUGCGGUAAUUUUGAAACCAAAUUCAAGAAGAGAAAUUAGCGUAAAACUGAAAAAUGAUAAAUUCUAAAUUCAAAAUUUAGUAGUCACUUUCAAACCAAAAAUAGUGAUAUUCAGUAUAAGAAAUUGUUCCACGUGGCUUUUCAGAAGUUCAAUCUGGUAUUUAAAUUUUCCGAGCUGGAGCAUUAUUUUUAAAAUUUUGAUACGGAACCUUUUGGAACUGUCAGAAACAGCGAUUUUUCUCGGAACAAAACGAGAAAAGCCGAUUUUUCUUGCAAAUAUGAUGAAAAUGAUUCUCAAAAAACAUGUGAAAGUUUUAUUUUUCAAGAAAUCUAACGCCAGAUGUUUUUUGUUGAGAAAGUGUGAGAAACUGAAACCACGAAGAAAAUAAAACAUUUUAGUAGUUUUCUUCGAUUUUCGAAAUAAAAUAAAAAACAGAAAGCCGUUUCUCGUCGAUCUAUAUUUUUGAACCAGAAAAAGAAAAAAACAAGAAUGGGGCAAUGGCAAAAAAAACAACAAAUUAGCAUUGCAUUAAUGGAAAACCAUCAUUUUCAUAUUAUUUUAUUUAUCAAAGCUUGUAAGGAGCAAUAUUUACAUUUGGAAAAAGAAUAGAAUAGAACCAGGAAAUUUUUUGCUUCAUUUUGGAGCACACAAAAAAACGAGAAAAGAAGUUAGUGGGAAAAUGUGAAGAUGAGAGAAAAUAUGAAUUAAUAAUUGAGUCUUCUGCUACUUUUCUCCAAUUUUUUUCUCCUCCCAUUUUUUAUUUGAUCAAAGGGGAGAAUUUUAAUUAGAUUUGUUUUUCGAUGAAAAAAAGUUUAAUUAUUCAAUUUUCGUUUUGUUUUGUUUUCCAAAGGAAACAGCAAAAACAAAAACAAUUGAAAGUUCUUGGGGAUUAAAAACGAAGUGACUUUUAAAACUUUUUGAGUCAAGAAGCUAACCUGGACAAAUUUGGAGGGAGACAAAUAAUUGACGGCGCCGAGACAAAAUUUGAUUAUUUUUGGCCGCCAAAACAGCGAAAAAAGGAUAUUUUUUGGAAAAUUAGAUGUUUUCUAGAACACAGCCGAUUUGGAGGAUCGAGAAGAGGCGCUGGCGUCAGUGGAGCGUGUUGUUGAAUUGUUGGAGGAUCAUUUCGGUUGGCCGGAACGAAUCAAAGCACCGGCGACACAGCCAAGAUUGGGACCCGCACCGCAUUUUACAUUUGAAAUUCAUGUGAGUUUUUUGGGCGACAGAGAGAGACAAAUGGGAAGGAAAUGACCUUUUUGAAUAUAUUUUUUUGAAUUAGAAAGUGAGAAAUUAAUUGGGUGGUUGAAAUAUGAGGUUAAUAAAAUAAAAUAAGAAACUGAAAAAUGGAAUUUCAGAACUCCAAAGUUCGAAAAAAUAUUUCUCAAAAUUUGUUUUUAAAAAAAGUAAUCGAAAUUUUGAAAUUCAAAAAUUUCCCGAUUUUCUUCAUUUUCUCUUACCUUCUUCAAUUUAUUUUCAAAAAAAAAAUUCAGAAAAACCAUCAAUUUUGUCUGGAAAAAUGCUGUUUUUGAAAUGAGACACCGGAAAAAAAUUCGGAAAAUAUGUCUUUUAAUUUCUCUACUCAUAGAGAAAUAUUUUUCAAAUUUACACGAAAAGUAUUUUUCAGCGAAUCAGAAAAUUAUAAUUUCAUUUAUUAAAAUCCAAUUUUUAAAUUCAAAAAAUAUUUUAUUGAAAUAUGACACUGAAAAAUUAGUGAUUCAAAGAAAAUUCAAAAAAAAGCACCAAAAAAACCGGACAUCAUCAAGAAAACAGAAAUUAGGUCUUCCAAAUAUUUUCAAGAACAAACCACCAUAUUUUUAUGACGUCGAACGAACAGACGAAAAACCAUAAAAAGUACAUUUGUAGAAUUAGGGACUCAUUUUUUUCUUCUUCUUUUUUUUAAGAACACAAAUUCUAUUUUCAGGGCGAUGAACCAGAUAAUUGGAGAUAUGUUAUAACGAGUAUUCGACAAGAAAUGGAUCGAGAAGAAGCUGAUCUUCGAGAAUUGAGACAUCAAGAUUUGAUUGGUGUUAAAACAAAGAGAAGUCGAUUGACUGAAUGGUUGAGCAAGAAAUUUGGAUCGAGAACAGCACAGCUGAGUUAUGAUAAUAGUUAGUUCAAGUUUGGGGAAUCCAGAAAAAUAUUAAAAUAAUUGAAAGUAUUGAGAGCAUGUUUUUAAAAAGUGAGCCUUGAACUUUUCCCUUUCAAAAUGUGUUUUUUUCAGUCCCGAAUUGGAAUGUGGAUCAAGUUUGCAGUUAUUUGUCGUCGAUUGGAUUGUCUGAAUAUUCGUCGCAAUUCAAGGCCAAUGAUGUGCAGGUAAGAAAAAAGCUCAAGAAAUUUCAGAUUUGUGUGCAAUUUUAGCUUGACCUCACAAUUAUUCCAAAACAUUUUCAGGGAGGAGAAUUGAUACAUCUGGAACGAGCUGAUAUUCAGGAACUUGGAAUCAAGAAGAUUGGACAUGUUAAGCGACUUCAGGUAACUUCUUAUUUCUAAAUGUUUCCGAAAAUUUGAAUUUUUGCUCCAAAUCAUCCAAAAAAUCAUUAUUUUGCAGUCUGCCAUCGAAGAAUUGCGUGAACGAGAAUCUGAAAAGCGUCGAGCCCAAGUGCGACGAGAUUCAAAACGUGCUCGAGCCGAAACAACACCUGGAAGUGGAUCUGGUCGAAUGGUAAAAGCAACAAGUUUAUCCGCUGAAAGAUGGUCUUCACAAAAUCCAGCUUCUUCAACAUCUGAAAAUGUUUCUUCUGCAUCUGGAAUUGUUCUUGCUGAAAAAGAGCUCAAUAGUUUAUAAUAGGCAUUUUUUUCAUCUUCUGAUAUUUUCUAUUUAUUUUAUUUAUUGAUUGCUAAAUUCACUUGCUCCAGUCACUUAUAGGUUACAAAAUUUGUUUGAAAAUCCCGACAUUUUAUUUUCCUUUUUUCUUUCGUUUUUCAAAAACGCGGUAUUCUUUUUUUUUAUUGACUUUGUCUAUUUUAAUUUGUUCUAAACAAUUUUCAGUUUUUUUCCCCAAAAUCAUAUCAAAAUGAAUCUCUUUGAUUUUUUCCUUCUUUCUGUCAUGCUUUUCCUGAAAUAUUUAUUUUUUAAUUAUUUUACGUAGACAUAAAUUAUUUUGCCCCGUUUUUGGUCAUUUCUGAAAUGUCCAAUUGUAUGAAAUUGUCUGAAAUCAAUGAUUCUUAUAUCGAUGGUUUUGUUUUAGCUCAAAUUCAGGAGAAAAUCAAGGAAAGCUCACAUUUUGAUCAAACAUCAAUUAAUUAAUUAAUUUUUUUUUAGGAAAACCAGUCGAAUUUGUGGAGCCGGAAAAGCGAGAAGAAGGGAAAUUUGGAUGAGGCGAAAGUGAACGAGAAAUUGCCGAAAAGUAUGGUUUUUGAAUUUUCUGUAUGAAUUUUUGAUAUUUGAAAAAGUUAGACUGUACUCUGAAUUUUUAAGCGAAAGUCUUUUGAGAACAACAAAAGGUAAAAAUAACACGUGGCUUUUCUGAAAUCUGAAAAUUUCAAAUUUGUACAAAAAAUUCUACUUAAAAUCCUGGUUUUACAGAUUUUUCAAGAAUCAUAAAAGUGUUAAUUUUCUUUUUUUAAAUUGAAAAUGUAGCUCUUUUUGUGAGAAUUGCUCAUAUUAAUUUCGGACUUUUGAUUUAUCAAAAAUUUCUCUCCCGACAUUUCCUAAUACCUUGAUAAUUUGCAUGAGCAAUCCUUUUCGAUUUAUUUACAACCGUGUUCUGUCCAAUACAAAAUCAUCUAAUAAUCGAAUUGUUUUUGAUCAUUCAAACAAUGAGAUUCUUCAUCCUAGUUUUAUUUUUUCUAUCAAUUUCUAAAGCUCAACAAUGUUUUGAAAAUAAUUAUUCGAACUCUACUCGGUUGGUUUUUCUCUUAUCUAUUUUUUUCAUUAAAAAUAGUUGCUAAAAAUAAAUAGAUACUAGUUUCCUGACUACUAUAGACAAAUAUUUGAUUUUUCAUAGGAACUAUACUAAAAUGUUCUGCAAAAAUUUUGAAAAGCCAAAAAUUUCGAUAAAAAAUGUUUUGAGAAUUGUUUAUUUGCUUUUUGCCGGAUGUAUUUUUCUGUUGUUGAAUGAACAAAAAUAAAAAUGAAAUAAUUGUGUACUUUUUAUUAUAAAUAACUAAAAAUGAGAGAAAAAAAGAAAUGUGGUUUCUGAUUUCUUGAAAAAUGUGGUUUCUUCCGUUUAUGUGCUCUUUUCUUACUUUUGUCAUCAUUUUUUCGUUGUUUUCAAGGUUUUUCUAUUGGGAAGAGCGAGGAAACCAUAGUGAUUUUGAGACACUUUUUUUAUUUUGAUGAUGAUUAUUGUGAAAUUUCAAAAUGUGUUUUGUGACUUAGAAAAACUAGUUUUCAAAAUUUCUUGGGAGCUUGAAAAGGGUUGAAAAUAUUUUUGAUCCCAUGAUUUUUUCGGUUAAACCAAUUUUUCUCACUAAAAAGUAAAAAUUGCCACGUGGAUUCUCAUCACGAAAAAUUGAAGGUAACUGUAGUUUCCAAUUUUAUUUAAAAUAUCAAUUUCGAAUUUUUUGAUGUUUGAUUCAUUCGUUUUAUUCCAAAAAAUUGUAUUUUGAAUUUUUAAAAUAUUUUGCAAUGACUGUAAUUCCUGAUUCGAAAUUUAUAAUUUUCAAAAAAAAAUUUUCCCAAAAAAUCAACUUUUUCUAAAUCCUAAAUCCAGUUAUCUUUCAAUUCCCUUUCUUUACCAAAACCAAUAAAUUAUCAUUAACUAGAAUCUAGUUACUUAUCUAUAUUUAGACCUUUCUUCCCGCAAAUUCUUGUCCUCGACAAAGACAUUGACAUUCUUUUGCACCCACAUCCACCCACAUAAAUCCAUUAUGGGAAGGAAAGGAGGUGGGUAAGUACAGAAUACAUACACAAAAACAAGCUCCGCCCCAUUUUUCGGUCGCCUUGAUAAACAAGCAAGCGGUCAUAAAAAAUGUGUGUCUACUUUUUCGCCUUUCUGAACACACAUUUCGAUUCAAUUUUGAUCGAAUUUUAUUUUGGUCAAAGUAAAAUCACGUGAUUUUCAAUUUUUUUCAAGAAAUUAUCAGUUUUCUGUGCACUUCUCGCUGAUAAAUCAGCCACUAUUCAAUUUUUUUUGAUAUUUUUGUAUCUAUAUUUUAUUUUUCCUUAUUCAAAUUGUCAAUUUUUGCAGCCCAAUGGCAGCUUUGGCGAUUUCUCAAAUUUGCAAUCUUCGACCAUGCUCAACGACUUCAACACUUCCAACAACUUCCAAAUCUCAACAGGUAAAUUUGAAGUUUUUUUUGUUUGAAAAUUUCUGAGUAGUGAGAAAAGGUCUGGCGAAAUAUAAUAUUUUUAGCAAACAAAAAGGUUUUUCACUUGAGACUGGGAAAUGGGGGCGAAACUGAAUAAUUUUGAACCCAUUUUAAGGCAAGGAAUAUGAAAAAAUAUAUGAAACUUGAUUUUUUUUUCAGAAAAAAAAGUCGGUCAUUUUUCUGUCAAGUUUUCAUUCAAAAAAUUCAAUUCCCAUCAAAAAAAAAGGGUCCCAUAAUUCGAUCAAUGACGUAUCUUAUCAGUGUAUCGGUCUCUUCAAAACACACGUUCUCUAAUCGCUCUGUCAUUGAAAAAUUCGUCGUUUCUUUGCAUUAAAGACACUAGAAAAAAUAAUAAUACGAUCAACGAUUUUCCCUUGCAAAAAGAAAGAAUUUUCCAGAUUUUUCGCUCUGCUCUAAUCCUCCGAAAAUCGACAAAAUGGCAAUGGGAAAAGGAAAAGACGGGAAUGUCGGAUUCGGAACUCAAAAAACAUUUGCAAUCGAAGGGAAUGAAUGUGAAUGAGAUGUUGGAAAAUGAAAAGAAACAAUUGAAUGCGGUGCAAGAAAUUGUGGCAAGAUUAGAGUGGGUUUUUCUAUUUAACUGGGAAAUUCUGAAUAUUUUUCGCAAAAAACUCCUUUUUUCCUGAAUUUGAAAAAAUCAAUUGAUUUGUUAUUUGAAACAGAGAAAAGAAAUGAACUAUCUCUACGUAAUUUUGACCAAAAACCGGUUUUAUCUAAUACUGUCCACCUACCAAAAAAAAACAAAAACCUUAUGAUUUCAGACAAUCUGGAAUAACAACUCGAAUUGUGACAAGAGAUCAAUUGAAACAAUAUCUACCAGAAGCGGAUCUUGUUAUUUCAGCUGGUGGAGAUGGCACUUUUUUGACAGCCGCUUCUGUUGUUAACGAUGAUACUCCAGUUGUUGGAAUCAAUACUGAUCCAAUUGGUUCGGAAGGACAUUUAUGUGCUGGGCGAAAGAAUCCACCAAGAGAUUUGAUUGAACAAUUAGUUGCGGGAAAAUUGAAACUUGUUGGAAGAUCGAGGAUUCGUGUGACUGUUAAGGAUCCAAAAUCAUCAUUUUUCUCAAUGAAAACUAGAAAGGAGACUACGAAUUUGGCGUUGAAUGAAGUUUUUAUUGGUGAAGAUGAGGCUGCAAAAGUGUCGACUUAUAAUAUCUCAAUUGAUGAUUCGACAAUGGUUAAACAGAAAUCGAGUGGAUUAAUUGUGUCGACUGGAACUGGUAGUACUAGUUGGUAUUUGGGAAUGAAUCGAAUUGAUGAAACGACUGUUAAUUCAAUUAUUGAGACGAUGCAAAAUUUGGGAAUUGAUGUGUCAUCGAAUCGAGAUUUGGUUAAGAAAAUCACAUCGAAUUAUAAUCAGCGAAUUCCAUUUGAUGUUGAUUUCCCAAGUAAGUACCGAGCACUUUUUAUCACAUUUUUUGAGGGCACAAAAAAACAACACAUGAUAUAGGGCAAAAAAUCGCACUCGAGAAAUCCUUAUUUCGAAGGUCAAAAAUAAAUAACCCAUAUUUUUCCAGGUUUCGCAUUCUACAUUCGUGAACCAAUUUUCAAUGCAACUUUCAAACGAACUGCUCAACGAGGAUUUGCUCAAAAAAUCCGUCUUGAAUCCAGAUGUUCAAAUGGAUAUUUAGUUUUGGAUGGUUCUACUAAAAUACCAUUUCCACAUGGAGCUGUUGCAACAUUGGAAAUUCGAGCAUCGGAUUCUUUGAAAACUGUUGUGAAUUGA